AUGAGACGUUUCAAGUCCGACCUCAAAGUAUAUCAAGAUACUGGGAACCCGCGAAGUCCUUCUGCUUUGGUUCCAGCGGGUUCUCCAUUUCAGACUUUGACACAAUAUCCGUGUGGAGAGCCUGGCAUUAGCCCCCUGUCUGAGUUCCCGACCCCACGGCGUGGUCAGAUGUCCGGCACAGCCACACCAGAUGGUCUGAGGUCACGUGCUUCCUCCAGCAGUGACUCCUGGGCAGAGCCGCGUCACAAAGAGAAGCCCACUUUGAAAUCAGACCCGUGGCUGCAAAGAUCCGACUCCGGGGCCAGUUUCAGCAGCGUUUCCAUCGGUACGCGCACAGCCUUCCUCAACAACACGACCAGGUCAGGGCGAACCUGGCCCAACAUGUCGCGAGAGACAGACUUCUGAACGAACUCAAGGACAACCCAGAACCAAAUUGCCAUUUCGCUACCUAAGAAUUACAAAGUUCUAUCUACUCAGUACCUAGUUUCGGGAAAUUUACUUCAAAGAUUUUGAGUUUCACAUCAUGUCAAGCGUUUUCGAAUGCAAUUCUUUGAAUAUUAUCUUAAUAAUGACUGCAAAUAAUCUUACGAAAUUGAUAGAGCAUUUUGGUUUCUCACCUCAUGGUCUUAGUAACCCAAAACAGCCAAAAAUGUCAGAUUGAACUUUAUAAUUCUUGGUAGCUAUUUGUGUGACUUUAAAAAAAAAGUUGAUUAAACUACCGUAAGCAAAAUUGAAUA